AUGAUUGCGAACGAACGACGAGACAAUAUGAAACCAUUGGUACGUGCAAUAGGCAAUGCAAGGACAGGAGUAGGUACACGAAUAAAGGGUCAUUUGAAAUAUGAUGGUAAAGUGGCGCCGAAGGCUAUGCAGACAGAACGGUAUUGUGCUUGUGGUCAUCGUAUCUCUAUAAUGUGUCCUUUUUGCCGUGUGAUACACCCAAGAAAGGUUAAGAAUGGCAAGACUAUAAUGAACAACGGUGCCUCUUAUUGUAUCAAUUCGGAUUGUGAAUCAUGUGUAUUAUGCAAGAAUUCCUUUGGACGUGAUUCAUUAUCAUCUACCUGCAUCGCUUUCCGUUGUUAUGGUCAAGUUUACUGGACAAGAUUUGUUAUGAUUCAUGCUUCAUUACUACAAUUUAUGAACAAAACCCAUGCCAUGCGGUGUAAGGUGGCGACCCCGCAUUCUGUGGUGAAAACAGUUUCGACUUUAUUUUAUUUUAUAUGAUCUCCUUUCCUCUCUUGGAUUGACUUGGAUUACAUAUUUCAUUUUAUAUAGUGUAAGUAAGGAUGAUGUGAGCCCAUAUUUUUGGAGAUUUAUUUACUUAUUUUAUUUCUUUUUCUUUUAUACUUCACUUUGGUUGCGACAAUUCUAUUACUUCUGGUAUACCAUUUUAUUACUUUUAUUCUGU